AUGUGCAGCGGAGCCGACGGAGCCUCCUGGCCGCUGGCCAAAGACGCGCCCGCGGUCACCGCCGCGGCCCUCGACCACUACCGCCUCCAGCUCUACAACUACGCCGUGGCCGAGCGCCUGCGCCUCUACCCGCCGGCGCCCUGCUACGGCCCUUACGGCCCGCGCCUGGCGCUCUCCAUGUCCCUGCUACAGCAGCGCGCCCUCCAGCCCGAGGAGCCGAAGCCGCAGCACAGCUACAUCGGCCUCAUCGCGAUGGCCAUCCUCAGCUCGCCGGACCGCAAGCUCGUGCUGUCCGACAUCUACCAACACAUUCUCGACAACUACCCGUACUUCCGCUCGCGCGGCCCCGGCUGGCGCAACUCGAUCCGCCACAACCUGUCGCUCAACGACUGCUUCGUGAAGGCGGGCCGGUCGGCCAACGGGAAGGGCCACUACUGGGCGAUACACCCGGCGAACGUGGAAGACUUCCGUAAGGGCGACUUCCGGCGGCGGAAGGCACAGCGGAAGGUGAGGAAGCACAUGGGGCUGGCGGUGGACGACGACGGGGAGGACUCGCCGUCGCCGCCGCCGCAGUCGCCGCCGCCGACGGCGCUACCGCUGCCGUUCUGGGGCGGCGGGCGCGUGACGACCGCGCAGGGUCGGAAGCGGCAGUUCGACGUGGCAUCGCUGCUGGCGCCGGACGACGCGCCGGAUAAGCGUGGGCGGCGGGACAGCAGCGCGGAGGAGGAGGCGGAGGAGGACAUCGACGUGGUGGCGAGCGACCAGGACGAGGCGCGGUCGGAGGGCGAGGUACGGGCGCCGCUGGUGCCGGCGGCGCAGUACCCGCUGCUGUCGGGCUGGUGGCCGGCGCUCGACCCGGCGCUGCUGCAACAGCUGCGGCGGCACGCGGCGCCCCCGCUGUCACCCGCGCCGUCCAGCGAGCCCGACCAGCACCGCCCGCCCGACACCUAA